GCGCUGCGCUGGCACACAGCCUGUGGGCAGCGGCGGCACCUUUGUGGGCUGCGGGGCGUGCGUGGACCCUUCUACAACCCUCUCGGCCUCGCCGCCCCGAGGAGGGCAGCGGGCGCCGGCGGCCCCGGUGCUGGCGCGCGUGCUGCUGGGUAACGGGCCUGCUCGGGAGGCCCCGGGCCGCUCCUGCUCGGCUUAACUGUGACCUCCGGGGCUCCCGACUCCCGGCCCGCGGGAGCCGCGGCCGAAGACAUGGGACUCCCUCGGUGCACCCGUGGCGGCCACCGUGACGGGGGAAGCGGUGGUGUCUUCGAGGAAACCGGAAGCCCGUGGUGACCCCUGGCGACCCGGUUUGUUUUCAGUCGGUUUCCAAACACUGGGGAAGCGAAACCCGGUGGCCUUGGGGGCGGCCCUUCGUAGCCAGGGUUCAGGCUGCCAUGGACACACUAGUAGAAGAUGACAUCUGCAUUCUGAAUCAUGAAAAAGCCCACAGAAGAGAGACAGCGACUCCACUCUCGGUGUACUCAGGAGAGGAAUCUGUUGCUUCACAUUUUGCUCUUGUCACCGCGUAUGAAGACAUCAAGAAGAGACUUAAAGAUUCAGAGAAAGAAAACUCUCUCUUAAAGAAAAGAAUAAGAGCUUUGGAAGAAAAGCUUGUUGGAGCUCGAGUAGAUGAAGAAACAAGUUCUGUGGGACGAGAACAAGUGAAUAAGGCCUAUCAUGCAUAUCGAGAGGUUUGCAUUGAUAGAGACAAUUUGAAGAACAAAUUGGAGAAAAUAAACAAAGACAACACUGAAUCUUUGAAAGUAUUGAAUGAACAGCUACAGUCUAAAGAAGUAGAGCUUCUGCAGCUAAGAACAGAGGUGGAAACGCAGCAGGUAAUGAGGAAUUUAAAUCCACCUUCAUCAAACUGGGAAGUGGAAAAGUUAAGCUAUGACUUGAAGAUCCAUGGUUUGGAACAAGAGCUGGAACUAAUGAGGAAAGAAUGCAACGAUCUCAAAAUAGAGCUACAGAAAGCCAAACAGACGGGGCCAUCUCAGGAAGACAUUCUGCAGGACAGAGAUCUCACCAGACCAAGCUUGCCGAGAGAGGAGCAUGUCCCACACCAGGGCCUUCUCCACAGUGAUAAUAUGCAGCAUGCAUACUGGGAACUGAAGAGGGAGAUGUCUAACUUGCAUCUGGUGACGCAAGUGCAAGCAGAACUACUAAGAAAACUGAAAACCUCAGCUGCCAUCAAGAAAGGCAAGUCACUGCUGGCUGGAAGUGCUGAGUCCAGCCAGACUGCCUGAAGAGCAGCUAGCUACUUUAUCUUAUCAAAACCUCAUCCUGUGACUUCGAUACGCAGUCUCUACUGCACACCCAUUCCCUGCUUUGGCCUCAGCCUCUAGCUGGUCAGCUUCACACAUAAAAGUGUUGCUGGUAUUUUUUCUUCAGUACUAUAUUCUUUUCCCCUUGUGGCUUUUCUCAGCCAAGUGUUGCUUAUAUGUGUAAGGCCAAGGUGUUAGGUUUGCUCUAGUUGGCUUUUUACCACAACUAUCUAUAUUUAAAAAGAACUCCAGACCCAAGUUUCAUUUCAGUACUAUCAAGUAUACCAGAGACCUAGCUUUUUAUUUUCAAAACAACUCCGAUUCAUUUAGUUCUUGACAUCUUUUUAUAGGCUUUCCUUUCCAUACAAGAUGUCUGAUUUGAAGGCAGACUCAACCAAAAUUUUUCAUUGCUUUCUUUUUAUAUCCAGUAUUUGACUAAAGCUUUUGGGUAUUAUGUUAGCUAGUAGCGUGUCCUUUUGCCAGCGCUGUUUUUGUAUCUUAGAAAACAAUGAGUGUGUUUGCACCUCACAUUGCGUAAUAGGUUUACAUCUGAAACGUACAGUAUGCAUUUAAUCUUAAAUUUGACUUUCCAAAGGAAUGUGAUGUCACUUUGAAAAGUGACCAGCUUUUAAAAUUGUUAUUUGCACCUCUGAUUGUCCUAAAGAAGAACAAGAAAAUUGUUUUAUAAAUAUUCUCAAGAGUAUUUGUAAGGGAAAAUAUUUCACACUAGGGAAAAAAAAUGCACACACAAUUUAAAGUUUCUUUUGCUUUCUACAGUGUUGGGUACUUAAGAAUCAGGCAAAUUAAUGUGGUGUUAAGCAAACACAGCUCAAUUUAUGGUUCACCUUGCCCUUGUUUUUCAGUAGUUAAGAUUACUUAUGAAGAUCCAUAGGUGGAUGGCAGAAAUAAGACUUCUCCUUAAACUGACUCAGCUAUUGUGGAGCAAGCUGUUAGUACAACUGCUCACACAAAUAGUGCGUUCCAAAGCAUAGUAAAGAAGAGCUCUUUCCAUCCUGUCUUCUAUUGUUGGGGAUACAGAGUUGUAUUAUUACUUAUGAAUGUCUGGCCUUAGCUUGGCUUAGUUUCUUGCCAGAUUUCCUUAACUUAUUCCAACUACCUUUUACCUCAGGGCUUUUCCUUUUCUCUAACUUCUGUAAAUCUUACCCUUAUUCCAUGGCUUGCUGUAUACCUGGGUGGGUUGCCCCUGGAGUCAUCAUCCUCCUCUGGCUGCUAGAUCUUCGAUCCCUCCAGAAGUUUUCUCUCUCUAUAUUGUCUGCCUGCCAGUCCCUUCUAUCCUUUCUCCUGCCUUGCUAUUCUUUAUUAGAAAAGAACUUUAUUAGUUUUUUUUUUUUUUGGUUUUUCAAGACAGGGUUUCUCUGUGUAGCUUUGCGCCGUUCCUGGAACUCACUUGGUAGUCCAGGCUGGCCUCGAACUCACAGAGAUCCGCCUGGCUCUGCCUCCCGAGUGCUGGGAUUAAAGGCGUGCGCCACCACCGCCCGGCGAACUUUAUUAGUUUUUUAUUCUUUAUACAGGCACAGUAACACAGCUUCACAGAGUUAAACAAAUGCAACAUGAACAAAAGUAACACACUUUAAAAUAGUCUACUACAGUCUUCCUUAAUUGGCUGAGAACACAUACUUUUGAUGCCUUUACACUAUCAGUUUCUAGAACAUUUCCUUGGACAAAGUUAAGUCUAAGGGACCAGUAGUCACUUGGCUGAGAACACAUACUUUUGAUGCCUUUGCACGAUCAGUUUCUAGAACAUUUCCUUGGACAAAGUUAAGUCUAAGGGACCAGUAGUCACCAGUCCCUACAGCUGUUUUCAGUAGAAGGGGUUAUGGCUCACUUACUCUUGACCUGCCCAUCACUGUUGUCCAGAAGAAUUAAUUACUUUCAGUUUUUUCACUCUAUUUACCCUUCCUACCCAAAUGUUUCAAUUUGUUUCUUCUACAAUUACAUGAGUGGGCUCAGCAAGUGGAAGGGCUCACCUACAAGCUUGAGGACCUGUGUUCAUCUGGAACUCAUAGUGGAAGCAAAGAACCAACUCCGGAAAGUUGUCCUCUGACCUUUAUGCUCAUGUGCAUUCUCAUGCUCACAAACAUACACACGUAAAAAUAAAAUAUUAGGUUGCAUAGAACCAAGCCUUCAAUACACAUGGUCAUCCUUAGGUUGAGAAAAAAAUGUAGCUUUCACCUGUGGCAAGACUGAAUGAGAAUAAAAGAUGCUACUGUUGUCCGUACGCUGGCUGUAGCUGAAUAAUAACCUCAUAGCAGUCUUUUCUAAGCCACUGUAUGUAUGAAAGACCUUCUAAUUUCCUUUUUAAAUUGACCAAAGCAGAAUUAUGUUUACCAUUAAAUUUAUUAUAAGAAAUUGAACUUACAGCUUCUAUUUCAACUACUUUAUCCAUAAAAGCCUUCGAAUAUAUGUUAAAAUUUCAUUUGACUCUUAAGAAUUCAAAGUAUAUUUAUAAAAAUAAGUUACUUUUGGACCCUCUCCCGUAGGGAAGUUUGAAUAAGCAAAGGAAUAUAUUUAAAACCUACUAAUUUCUUAAUGACUUUCUCAGUCUCCACUAACACCAAUAUGAUCUAAAACCUGCUCACUAGCCACAUUAAAGGCCAAGAGCUUUACUUGCCUUUGCCUUGUAAAGAGAUGACACUUUUUACACCAUGUAGACUCUUUAUCAGCAGGAGGACACAGCAGGAAGGGAUUCCUACAUCCAUUUUACAGAUGAAGCAGUUGAGUGAAUGACCUUGAGUCAGUGUCAGUAAGUAUGUGAUCUAUCAGAAUUCAAAUGUUAAGUAUCUCCAAAUCAGUUUCCCAAUGAUCAUAGUAAAUUAGAAAUGUUCAUUUUAGUGUCAGUUGUAAAAUUGGUAUGUGAUAUGUUUACAAUCACAAAUGCUAGAAAACUGACACUCAGCCUAUGCUUUCUUUUUAGCCUGCACCCCAGCAGGAUGUGUUGAAGACCUUGGGAGAGACAGCGCGAAAUUGCACUUGACAAAUUUCACUGCAACAUACAAAAGACAUCCCCCUUUGUCACCAAAUGGCAAAG